UGUGUGUGAGUGUGUAUUCUGAUAACACCACGCUCGCACUCAGACGCUCACACGCUCCACAUGCACAUAUGACAGGGCAGUACGGAACUGCAGAACAGCGCACGAGAAGAAAACGGGCGUUUUUGUCAUGUUUCACGCGACAUAGCGCUUUAUUAGAUCUGCGUUCUUUCAGCGCUCAGGAACACGGAUUAUAGCUGGGUUAAUAAUGCCUGGACUGGUGCAGAAAUUACAGACACACAGCAACUGACAACAAGCAGCAGCACUUACGAGCUUUUCACCCGGAGCACGAGCUCCACAAUGGGCGGCUGCUGUGUUGUAUAUUUUUGUUUUAUCAAAAUCCAAAGCCGGCUCGCGGUUUGAUAACAACCCUACCGCCACGCUCGCGCUCGCACGCUGGCUCUCACACGCGUUCACACACACAUAUGACCGCACUUACGAGGUUUUCACCCGAAGGACGAGCUCCGAGAGCCGGCGGGGACGCAGGACUCAGCCAUGGCUGCACAGAACGACUGCUGUGUGAAAGUCUCCUUACGGAUUCGGCCUCAGAUGGCCAAAGAGAAGAUCGAAGGCUGCCACAUCUGCACCUCAGUGACCCCAGGAGAGCCCCAGGUCCUUCUGGGUAAAGACAAGGCCUUCACAUACGACUUUGUGUUCGACAUAGACGCCCACCAACAGCAGAUCUAUGGCUCCUGCGUCCACAAGCUCAUCGAAGGCUGCUUUGAAGGUUAUAACGCCACAGUCUUUGCCUAUGGCCAGACGGGCUCGGGGAAGACGUACACCAUGGGCACGGGUUUUGACGUGAAUGUGGGCGAGGAAGAACAGGGCAUCAUCCCGCGUGCCGUGCGCCAGCUCUUCCAGGGCAUUCAGCGGCGGAGGCAGGACGCUCAGGAACGCAGCACAAACCCACCCGAGUUUAAAGUCAGCGCCCAGUUCCUGGAGCUCUAUAAUGAGGAGAUCCUGGACCUGUUUGACAACACCCGCGAUCCCGAGGCCCGGGGCAGGAAGUCCAACAUUAAGAUUCAUGAAGAUGGGAAUGGAGGCAUCUACACGUCAGGAGUGACCUCACGCCUGGUCAGCUCUGAAGAAGAGCUCCUCCAGUGCCUGAAACUGGGGGCUCUGUCCCGGACCACUGCCAGCACUCAGAUGAACGCGCAGAGUUCCCGCUCCCACGCCAUCUUCACGAUCCACCUGUGCCAGAUGAGAGUGUGUCCCCAGCUGGCGAAUGGGUCAGCGAGUGAUGAUGUGAACGAAGUGACGGAUGGUCCUAUAUCCCAGCCCGAGUAUGAAACCCUGACUGCCAAAUUCCACUUUGUGGACCUGGCCGGAUCGGAGCGGCUCAAGCGCACAGGAGCCACAGGAGAGCGAGCUCGAGAAGGCAUCUCCAUCAACUGUGGACUGCUGGCCCUGGGUAAUGUGAUCAGUGCGCUGGGAGAUCAGAGUAAGAAGGCUGGUCAUGUGCCUUACAGAGACUCCAAACUCACUCGACUGCUGCAGGACUCGCUGGGGGGGAACAGUCGUACAGUGAUGAUUGCCUGUGUAAGCCCCUCUGACCGAGACUUCAUGGAGACGUUGAACACGUUGAAGUACGCCAACCGGGCACGAAACAUCAAGAACAAGGUGGUGGUGAACCAGGACAAGACCAGCCAGCAGAUCAAUGCCUUGAGAGCCGAGAUCGCCCGCCUGCAGAUGGAGCUCAUGGAGUACAAAGCAGGGAAGCGCGUGGCCGGUGAGGACGGAUCUGAAGGUUUCAGUGAUCUGUUUCAGGAGAACUCUAUGCUGCAGAGGGAGAAUGAUACUCUGCGCAUGCGGGUUAAAGCCAUGCAGGACACCAUUGAUCAUCUCAACACCAGAGUCACUCAGCUCCUCACCACUGAGGUCAACCUGCUGCUCACCAAGACAGGUGAGACUAGUGAGGAGAUUGGCAAUCUGAUCCAAAACUACAUCAGAGAGAUUGAAGAGCUCAGGUCUAAGCUUUUGGAGAGUGAGGCAAUAAACGAGUCUUUGAGACGCAGCGUGUCUCGUCUCUCAGCUCGAUCUCCUUACCCUGCCUCCAAUGGUUCUGCCCCUGGCCACCCGCUUGGCUCCUCCCCCUCCAUUUCCAUGGAAGCUGAGAUGACGGAUGUGAUUCGCAGAGCCAAGCUGGACAUUGAGAGGCUGAAGAAGAAGGAGAGGAAUCAGAGGCGCAAGAGUCCAGAGACGGAGAAGGGCUUGAAGAAGAGAGCAAAGCUCCAGGCUCAGGAGAUUGUGCAGAAUGGAGAGGGAAGAGAGAGUGUCCUGAGCAGAGAAAAUGGAGACGGUGACUCUGAUAAUGAGCCAGAGGAAGAUGGCAUGUACCCUCUCGCUGAAGAAGAGAGCGGCUGUGAGGAAGAUGAGGAAGACGAAGACGAGGAGAUCAGAGAGGAGGAGGAAUUUGACAGUGACGAGAGCCUGGUGGACUCGGAUUCUGACUCGGAUGAGAAAGCGAACUUCCAGGCGGACCUGGCAGACCUGACGUGUGAAAUCGAGAUCAAACAGAGGCUGAUCGACGAGCUGGAGAACAGCCAGCGGCGGCUGCUGACGCUGAAGCUCCAGUACGAGGAGAAGCUCAUCCUGCUGCAGAACAAGAUCCGAGACACGCAGCUGGAGAGAGACCGAGUGCUGCACAACCUCAUGUCCAUGGAGAACUACACAGAGGAGAAGGCCAGCAAGAUCAAAGCAGACUACGAGAAGCGUCUGAAGGAGAUGAACAGGGAUCUGGCGAAGCUUCAAGCAGCACAGAAGGAGCACGCCCGCCUGCUGAAGAACCAGGGCCGCUACGAGAGAGAGCUGAAGAAGCUGCAGGCUGAGGUGGCUGAGAUGAAGAAAGCCAAGGUGGCGCUGAUGAAGCAGAUGAAGGAGGAGCAGCAGAGGAGGAGGAUGAUUGAAGCUAAGAGGAACCGAGAGAUUGCUCAGCUGAAGAAGGAACAGCGACGGCAGGAGUAUCAGAUCCGUGCGCUGGAGUCUCAGAAGCGGCAGCAGGAGAUCGUUCUCCGCAGGAAGACUCAGGAAGUGACGGCUCUGCGGCGGAUGGCCAAGCCCAUGUCCGAGCGCGUGGCCGGCCGCGUGUCUCGCCGUCAGCCCAGCCUGGACUCCGGAGCAGAGCUCUCGGCCAGCACCACCACCACCUCCUCCGAACCCGAGACCAGCCGCUCCGUCUCCAGCAUCGUCCGCCAGUGGAACACCAAGCUGAACGGAUAUCUGGGAGAGAGCGAGAGCAACAGGGGAGGGUCUCGCCUGCCCAGUAGCAGGAAGAAGUUUCAGAGGAAGGGUGUGAGCAGCAGCUUUUCGAAGACAGCACGGCAGAAGUGGCAGGCUUUGGAGAGGAGGGUCAUGGACAUCGUGAUGCAGAGGAUGACCAUUUCCAACGUGGAGGCUGACAUGGACCGCCUUAUAAAGAAACGGGAGGAGCUGUCCAUGCAGCAGGAGGCGCUGUUGUGUAAGCGAGAGAAGCUGCUGAGUGAAGGGCCGAGAGAGGAGGAGGACGAGAGAGUGCUUCAGGAGAUGAAUGAAGAAAUCGAGGUGCUCAACGCUAACGUGGACUACAUCAGCGACAGCCUGUCAGACUGUCAGGCCACCAUCGUACAGAUUGAGGAGACCAAGGAUGAGCUGGACUCGGUGGACACCUCGGUGGUCAUCAGCUCCUGCUCUCUGGCUGAAGCUCGCCACCUCCUGGAUCACUUUUUGAAAGCCUCCAUAGAUAAGAACUUGCAAGUGGCUCAGAAAGAGGCCCAAAUCAGGCUACUGGAGGGUCAGCUGCGUCAGACUGAUGUGAUUGGCUCCUCCCACAAUCACAUAAUCCUGGAUGCUUUGAGAGAGAAGGCGGAGUGUAUCCCAGAGUUACAGGCUCUCAUUCACAAUGUGCAACAGGAGAACGGUUAUGCCAGCACCGACGAGGAGGUGUCUGAGUUCAGCCAGGCCUCCGAGACCAGUUACUCCCAAAUGAAAUCCUCAGCCAGUCAGGACGACUUCAAGCUCAAGGCUGAACCCCGCAUCGCCGGUCAGAUGAAAGCCAUCUCAGCUGAAUAUCUAGGCCCUGUCCUCGACUCCACCACCAAGAACAUCACCAAGUCUCUGGCCUCCCUGUCUGAGAUCCAUGAGAACGGCUUGGGCUUUACUCUCCGCGAGCCAUACAGAGAGAGCGUGUCUCGAACCAUCAGCCUGCCUGUCCGCGGACACACGUUUCCCAGGCAGUCCAGAGUCUCAGACCCAUCGUUCCCACUGACAAGGAGGCAAUCUUAUGACAGGAGCCAGUACAGGCCUCCUGAGGUAGUGUACACACCUCCAUCCUCCCCUCCACUGCGUACCCGCAAUGACCGCAACGUCUUCUCCCGCCUUACCAGCAACCAGAGCCAGGGGUCUGCACUGGACAAGUCUGAUGACAGCGACUCCUCUCUCUCGGAGGUGCUCAGGGGGGUGAUCAGCCCUAUCUCUGGUCUAAAGGGGGGCAGGACAGCUCCUCUGCAGUGUGUAGCCAUGGCUGAGGGACACUCCAAACCUGUGCUGUGCCUGGACGCCACUGACGAGCUUCUAUUUACUGGAUCCAAAGAUCGCACCUGUAAGAUGUGGAAUUUGGUGACGGGACAGGAAAUCGUCACACUGCGAGGUCAUCCCAAUAACGUGGUGUCCGUCAAAUACUGCGUCAACUCUGGCCUGGUCUUCACCGUCUCCACCUCCUAUAUCAAAGUGUGGGACAUCCGCGACUCGGCCAAGUGUGUCCGCACCUUCACAUCCUCGGGUCAAGUGGUGUCGGGAGACGCCUGUGCGGGUACCACCACUCGCACCAUCACCACAACCCAGGGCGAAUACCAGAUUAACCAGAUUGCCCUGAACCCGUCCGGCUCGGUACUCUACGCUGCAGCAGGAAACACAGUCAGGACUUGGGACCUGAACAGGAUGCAGGCCACUGGCAAGCUGACAGGCCACAUUGGCUCAGUAAUGUGUCUGACAGUGGGCUACUCUGGUGGGGGCAAAGACCAGGUCAUCACUGGUUCUAAAGACCACUAUGUAAAGAUCUUUGAUGUGGCGGAGGGAGUGCAGGGGAACAUUGGCCCCGCCCACAACUUUGAACCUCCUCACUACGACGGUAUUGAGUGUCUGGCUGUUCACGGCGAUGUGCUUUUCAGCGGGUCCCGGGACAAUGGAAUUAAGAAGUGGGAUCUGGAGCAGCAGGAACUGAUCCAGCAAAUCCCAAAUGCCCACAAGGACUGGGUGUGCGCGCUGGCGUACGUGCCCGGGCGGCCCAUGCUGCUGAGUGCCUGUCGGGGGGGCAUGCUGAAAGUGUGGAACGUGGACAACUUCACCCCAAUCGGAGAGAUCAAGGGACACGACAGUCCCAUCAACGCCAUCUGCACCAACUCCAAACAGAUCUUCACUGCCUCCAGUGACUGUAGGGUGAAGUUGUGGAGUUAUGUGCCGGGGUUAACGCCCUGUCUGCCCCGCCGGGUGCUGGCCAUCAAGGGCCGAGCCACCAGCCUCCCCUGAGAGCCUGCACUAACACCUCCUGCCUCUGCUGCCCUCUGUGACAGGAUGGUGAAGAUCUGGAACCUGAGGAUGGCAAAGAAGAGGUGACGACCGUUGGGGGGGCUGCAUUGACGGUCAUCGACUUUCCCGUACUACCCUCGGGCUGCGAGCUGAUAGCUGAUUGGUCACCUGCUGGACGUGCAGGGGCUGAGCUGACCUGACCUCAGGGCCCAGAGAGAGAGAUCACCUCAAAGGUCUCAGUUAAAGAUGGAAAAUGAAGGCAAUAGUGAAUCUAAGGUGCCAUUUUUUUGUACGCCGUCCGAAAAAAAAACUUUUUUCUUCUUCUUUAUGGCACCAUAUUGGUAUUUGGCUCCUGCACCAAAUGACGAGCGCAUGUUCAGACAGACAGACGUUCAGACGUUUUGAACUGCAAAGUGUCCUUCUGUGCUCUUUGUUCUUGAAGGAGAAAAAAAAGAGACUCAGUCCCAUUGUCACAUCUUUAGAUGUAGCUGCUGAUACUUCUUUCAUGUUUUUUUGUUAGUUUAUUUAUUGUAUAAAAAAAAAGAACUAAAAAAAAAACAAAUCUUUUGGAUGCCACUUCUGAGCCAAGUAGGUGGGAGUGGGGUGCACUUUUAUUUUCUUUUAUUUUUUUGUUUUGUUUUUUCACUUUUUCACCCCCUGCAGAGCCAUAUGUUUUUGGUCUUUGCUCGACUGAAUAUCAGAGAAAUAUUAUGCGGGAAAAGAAGAAAGAGGAGAAACGAACUAAAAACAAAACAAAACGUUGAUUCUUCUCAUUUUUACCAUCUGGUGGAGGAUCACUGGAAUGUGUAUAAUGUAUGUAUGUAUUUGUUGGAUGCAACAACUGGGUACAAAUGCCGCCCUUCAGAACUCAAUCAGAUGUCUGAUCUCAGUAGUGCAAUAGUACUGACAGACUCUCGCCCACCAACAUCUUCCUCUAGGAACUCUGAGAGCUUUAUUCCAUUUACUUCUGAUGUCGGAUGUGGGAAUGGCGUCGCACUCGAGUCAACCGUGUUACAAUUAAACAUUCAGCAGAUAUCAGCAAAUAUUAUCAUCCUUGCUCUCUUUGUCCCAGGUUAGCUUUGCUACUGCUAAAACCGGUUACAACAAUGCGUUAUACAGUAUUUUGCGCAUUCAAACAUCUUGGAAGUUCUUCCUGACUGAUUUAAAAAGACACAUACUGUUGAUGUGCAGGGCAGCCAUCUUGGAUUCUGUACUCUGGAUUGGUGAGGUUCUCCUGGCUUUCUUAGUAGAUUUGGAAGUAUCAAAUGGAAUUCAGCAAGAAUUUUGUGGACUUUCUCUGAGUGAAUUUUUCCAGAAUAUUCACACUGGACUUUCACACUCUUUAUACCCUUCAGAUCAUUUAUGGAACCUUGUAUGGCUUAACGUCACCCAGAUCCAUUUCCUCCACAUUUAUUUCAAAGAACAAACAUAUUCCCUCCCUUUCUAUGUGCUGUGACAGUUUUUCUUUCUGUUUCUUUUCUUUUUUUAUGUUCUCUACCUCAGGUCUUUAUGAGUUUCGGGGUGUAAAGGCCUCAGCGUUUGCGUUUGGGAGCCCUAGCUCAAAUCCUUUUCCCCGCAUCGUUAUUGCUCAUCUGUGUAUAGUCGGCUCUCCGAGCUCCACCAGCCCUCGUAUCCGCUCGCUGCUGAGCCGGCAGUUUGAGCCGCCGACUCCAAUAAGCCCCGGCCAGCAGGGGCCCGCGGUGUGCAGUAAAACUGGCACUUUGCUCUAAUGAAGGCUGCGGUGCUUAAGCAGGCAGAGUGAGACUCACCCAUCAAAAGAGUUGCGGGUGGAGGGGGGGGUCCGAGCACCUGCUGAGAGAGUCAGUGUGACAUGAUGAUGACUACUUUCUCUCUGCUUUCUCAGGAGCAGCUCAGGAGGGAGAUGGGAGCAUUCUGUUUGGAGUUAGGAGAGUUAGUGCAGGGAUGCUGGAUUGGAUUCCACAACUCAAAUAAAAAGCACAAAUAUUUAGCCGUUCAGUCAACACUCAAAACCGAUCACGUACAAGACCUCAUAACCUUGACUGGGAUUUAAACGAAAGUUGGAAAGACGUGCAGAUAUAGACAGUGAAAGGUGUCAAGAGCAACUUUAAAUAUGCAGAAGAAGAGAUUUUGCUUUUAAAUUACUUUUUAAAUUGACACUUUGACAUAAUGUUUCUGAUUUAAUAGACCCUAUCUUACACCCAUUGCACGUCAGAUUUAUUAUUUUUUCCUUAAUGUACACUCCUACUUAUGGCCCAACACUUUUAGCAUGUCAGUGUAAAUUACUUUUAAUGUUAAAGGUUAUUUAUCUAAUUUAAAAUUCAGAUACAGCAGUUUCAGCGAGUUAGAUACAGUACUUUUGAUCAAUUCUCUAAACAAGAUACAAACAAACCCACACUCUGGGCUAAUGGAAGCAGAGCUGUCUCUACAGGGAAUGCUCUGAAAUGUAAGGAAUCUAUUUUUGUGAAUAUAUUGAUUUUCCUCUCCGCAAGGCGUUAUUAUGAAGAACAGCUUGUAAAGAUCCUCCCCCACCAGCCGCAGCAUCCGCAGCAACCAAGCAGCGUCAGAACAUCAGAUGUGUGUGUGUGUGUGUGUGUGUGUGUGUGUGCGAUGGCUUUUGGGCAGUAGCUCUAUUUUCCACAGUGCUGGAUAAUAUUAGUUAUAUUAGUUAUAGAAACAGUUAUUAAAGUGACUUCUUCUGGAAUGAUGUUGUAGGAUCCAUCCCAGCAUCCCAAUUACUGCACUGUACCGUUUCAUCUCCCCUGGUGGGAAGCAGCCCCUCCAAUAAUAUGCGAGAACAUGAGAGAAGGGAAGGAGUUGGGGAAGUAGGUCAGAUCCAGGGCUGUUUUCUUUUACCCACUCGGAGGAGAUGAAAAAGCAGCAGUUUCACUCCUUAUUAAAUGAAACAGUGGAACAGGAAGCUGCCGCCCCGGCACUGGAGGAGCCAGCAUGCCUGAUGGGGGUACGUGGGCGAUGGCGGGGUUCAUCUUGGCACAACACUAAUACGCGCGCGUAUUUUUAGACCAUCAAUCAUCCUCUUCCAGGGCUGUGCUCUCCUCGCGGCCCCCGGAUUUACUGUCUUUUUUUAAUGAAACAUAUUUAUCACCCUAAUCUGCCCAUCUUUUUUUAUUUAUUUAUUUAUUUCUUCUCUGGGCGGCCCCUGGCGGCUCUAUAUCUGUAGUAGCAGCUGUCUGUGGGUGCUCCCGCUGUCAGCAGGCCCUAGCUACGUUUUCCAGCGCUGAGGGAUGGAUUUGCCAACAUGGGUGAUUGCACAUCGAGUGGUGUUUUAAGGAGAGAAGCUUUGUUUUACCACUAGAACUGCACACUGAUUUUUAUUAUUUUUUUCAGCUAUAUAGUGAAUAUAAGGAUAUUUUAGGUACGUCACGGUAAGGAGUAUGUCUAAAGGCUACACUCUCAUUUUAAGAACCUUUAAAUUAAUUUGAAGGUGGUUCUUUAUUAGCAACUUUUGCGAGGUUGGACGAACUUUAGCUUUUUUCUAGCUUUUUAACUAAACAGUCAAUUUAAAAAUCACAUUUAGCACAAAUGGAUCUCCACUAAGGCUGUAUUCACACUGUAAACGAAUCAGAUUAGUAUCUCAAAUCAUAUCUUUUGAGAUUGAGACUGUCCACACUAAUGUGCAACUGAUUACAUAAGAUGCAUUAACAGAAAAUAGGAGUGGAAAUUACAGGGCAUCUCACAAUACAAUAAUAUAAUACACUGCCCACAAUAAUGAUGAUAUGUAAUCGUGCCCACAACAACGAUAAUAUCAUGAUAUCGUGCCCACAAUAACAAUUGUAAUACUUGAAAUAAUCACAAGAUUUUCUAUGAGGCUAGAAAACCCCUAAUUAGGCAAAUAUCAGAAAUUAUGGAUUUAUUGGUGUCAGUUUUAUAGAAUUUGACAACUAAUAUUUUUUUUCACAGGUUUACAGUAUAAAGCGUUCAAUAAAAAUAUUGUUAAUAUUUCACGUCAUGCAUCGAUGAUACAAUCGAAGCGAUACAAUAUAUUGUGCCUCCCCUAGUAACAAACUCUUGCCACUUUUGUCGUUUGACGUCAACUGAUGCUAAGAUCCCGUAGAAAUCAUCUGUACAAAUUCUUUUAAAUGUAGUUUGGAUCCAAUUUGCAAAAAUCAGAUUUCAUUAGUUUUCUGGCUGUUCAGACAACCAGAAAUCGACCUGGAUAUAAUCUAGAUAUGGAACAAAAAUGGGCUGAGAUUUGGGCUGCCAGUGUGAACACAGCCUUAGACUUAAAAUUCAGUCAGCCUAAGCAAUACAUGCAGUCUGGUUAAAACCUUAUCAGCAUACAAUCCUGAUACUCCUACAUAAAGUGACCAGGUGUAAACGGAGUCUCAGUUCUUUAUUCCUCCCCUUUUUUUAAGAGUGUAGCUUCACUGUGUUCAUUAAAAUUCUAUAGUACAGUUCGGUAGUUCUUUUACACAGAGGACCUGGUUAGAAUAUUAUAAUAUAAAGCUGCUCAGUUCAUUCAAGCUACUCCAGAAUAGCUGGUAGGAGAUUAUGUAAUGCAUUUUAAUGAGCCCUAAAGUCUCAGUGGUGAAGGGCCCUUGGUGAAAUGUGCACUCUAUAAAGUAGUUAUCUAAACUGCUGCAUCAUCUCAUACUCAGUAAUGAGUACUAGUAUGAGAUCCUUUAGAAAGCUGGAGAAGUGAUUAAGAACUGAAUAGGUUUAAGAAUAGCAGUCUAUGAAUAGUCUUGUAUUGCUGUCUUGAGGCCAUUAGCUUCAGUAGGCGCUAGACAGCGUGAGUUCUUCCUCUGCCAAAGCACAGUCUUCACUUCUUCACAGAUUUACUGAUCAGCUUAAAUUCAAGUUGAAUACUGCAAAUAGUUGUGGACCAAAUAAUGAUUGUUUAUAAAGAUGUGAUCUUACUGUUGAGUGUAGAAGGGGUAAUGUAAUCUGCAUCACCUCUGAACAGCCAAUCACUGCUUACAGAAUAGCGUUAAUAGAGUUAGAGAGGGACAGAGGCUUAGUUCACACAAAUCCAGAUAUUUAAGAAAAACUUAAGUAUUAUUUUCUCUGUUUUUGUGAAAGAUUUCAAUCCACACAGAGACAAAAACAAUUGCAUUAGCAUACUAGCCCUAUAUGUGGCAAUAGUACCUCAUGAAGGCUACUUUCACUCAUACCCCCCUCUUGUAGGGGGUGAUAGUACCUUCAAAAAGUCUUCUUCCACAUGUCAGGGGGAAAAAAAUAUUCCCACACAAGGAAACGAAAACACUUGUCCUUUACAAGGUACCUUGUAAAGGCUUUUUCCACACACACAAAUAUCCCUAUAUAUAAAUAAAUAAAUAAAUAAAUAAACAAAAAUUUCCUUUUUGCCGUUUUUGAAUAGAUUUUUUUGUACACUAGGACAAAAAUGCUUGCAAAAGCCAUUAUUUUUAGAUUGGAAAUAUUUCUGUGUACACUAAGAUAAAAAUGCUUGCAAGAGCAUGCUAGCCCAUAUAUUUUUAUUUUACAAACUGACCGAUUUUUCGUAUUUUGGCCUCCCAUCCACAACCAGAUGUUUGGCUCUUGCUGAAUGCUCUUUAGAGUGUUUGGGGGAGGUGAUUUUGGUGUUGUGUGGACAGGCAAAAAUAUGGAGCUUUAUGGAAAUGGGGACAUCACAGCGCAUCCAUGUUUCUGCUUGAAUCACAAAUACUUUCUUACUCCCUAUAUAGUGGACUACAAAAGAGCAUAAAACUACACACAUAUAGCACUAGAUUUUAGGGACGGGUAUAUUGCAAAAUUGACAUAUUGUCCCACCCCUAUAGGGAAAGUUGCAUAGUUUGUGUAGUAUCCUGUUUAUCAUCUUCAUGAGCCACUUUUACCUUAUAUUGUGCUAAAAUGCUCAUUCAAGCACUUGUCUCUGUGUGGAUGAACUAAUUACAAAAACAGAGGAGGGAAAUUACUGUUUUUCAAAAAUAUCCAGAUGUGUGUUCAUGGUUUAAAAUGCCUCUCUGCUAAAUGCUUUUCCUCAUAAAUAUGUAGUUCUUUUUCUAUUUAUAAUCCAAGUUUUACCGUUUGCCAAUGUGAAAAGGAAGUGCAUGUAAAGUUAAAGUCGUUGCCAAAGGCUUUGACAUUUUUCCCAACUCUAACUCUGCUGAUCCUCCAGUAUUUUUCCUUCUAUUUAGCACUAUUGUCAAACCAGGCCAACGCGCGGCCUGUUUCUCUGAAGUAAAUGUACCCUCCUGCUUUAAAGUCCCUGAAUCCCUUUUAAUAAGUGCCCCUCAUUAGUGAGCUGAAAAAGACUAGACGCCAGUCUUUUAUUCAUUUCAUUUUAGAAAUGAAAGGAAUCAAAGCAUUUCUUUAUGAAUAGCGUUAGCUUUUGUAGCAUUUCGGUUCGAAUGCUGGUAAUAGUGCAGCAAGUGGAGAAGAAAGUAGGAAGCCUGUGAGUUUUUACAUUUUUUCUUCUUCUUUUGUUGUUUUGCUAGUGCUCAAAGACUGUGAAACGGAGGGACGUGACCUCAUUGUGUGUGUAUGGGUGUGUGUGUGUGCGUGCGUGUGUUGUAUAUACAUGUGUUAAAUAAGUUCAAUAUGAUGGAUUUAAUGGCCUCUGCUCCACAAAGACAAAAACAUCCACCUUGGAGUAAAAUCCCAGUACAGUGCUACUGAAAAGCUGAGAGCUUAAUUACUGGUUGACCUGCAAUGAAGGACCAGUUGUAAAGUGUUUUUUUUUUUUUUUUAAUGGACAGUUGGUCUUCAAAUGCUGACUGGUGUUGGUCAUGCCACCGGUCAGUGUGCUACAGCACAGGUUUCUGGAGCGAUGCCACAAGCGACCGCGUCAAGAGAUGCUUCAAUAAAUCUGCAAAACCUGCAGCCACACUGGACAAACAUAUAGAAGACUCAUUUUUGGUUCCUUAAAGAACCAUUCAAUGCAUUUUUAAUUUUAAAACACUUGAGAAGUUGUGCAGAUCUAUUCAGCUCUUUUCAAUGUUCUGAGGUCUUCAUCCAGUUAGAGCUACUAUUUCGCCCAAUGUAACACCAAAAAUAGUGGACUUGAUGUCUGCCAUCUCGGAAUGUUCCUUUUAAAACCAAACUUUUGGUCGCUCUAUUGCUCCAGAGAUCCAUUUCUGGCACUUUUUAAACCUCUGGGGUUUGUAAAUGUAAAACACAAUUUUAUGAUGUUUCUUUUAACAUCUUUGCUAGUGAUUUUCUGAGUGUCCAUUGAUCAGAUUCACGCGAAACUUCAAUAAAUGUGGGAUUUGCUGCGCUAACACAUUUAUCAACCCCAGAAGGUUACAACUAGGCUCAAGUUUACGAUGUAUUUAUCUGAUCUUAAUUCUGUACUGUUUUAUAUCGUCCUUUGAGCUUUCAGCUAAGCUGUGGUGCUUCAACGGUGCUUUCUGUAGAAUCUUCAUUGUGGCGUUGAGUUUUACAGUGCUUGCUUUUCCGCUGUAGAUCAGUAACGCAUAGCUUUUACAUGCAAGUAGGACUUAUACUAUAAACAUAGUCGACAUCGCAAUCUUUUUUCCGCUUUACGGGAGGAUGUCAGCACCUGCCUUGUAGGUGUCUACCAUUACCUGUGCACUAUCCUGGGCUUUGCACUGCUAGUGCUGCUGCUUCGUCCAACAGAACACCAAAGGUGGGCUGGAUUUAGCUCCGCCCUCUUUGCCUUACGCUCUAACUCUCUCUCUGUCUGCCUUACAACAGUCCUCAGCUCGAGCUUGACUUUAAUCAGCGUGUAUUUGCUGUAUAAGCUUCUUUUCCACUGCAUUAACAAGUGGUUGCGAAGUAGCAUUUAUUCAAUGCAGUGAUUAAAUACCUAUUAGGCUGAUUGCGUUAUCUUUUUUCGUGUCACGAAAUCACUAUUGGAAAAAAGGACAUAUCGUAUCAAUUAUGCAACAGUUGCUAUUGUCAUAUUUGUUGGGUCUCAACAUGCUGCCCUUAUUUCAUACAGUUAGCAAGUUAGCUAGCAUGCUAUCUUGUGAAACAGAGCAUACUAACAAAGUGAAAAGAAGAACUGUACGUUUUUGUGCAGGCUACGUUCUUCAUCCAACGCUUCAACUUGUACAAUAUCACUAUCACCGUGUUAACACAGGGGCUGUCAGCAUUACUCAACAUCACUACUACAGUGUAGCUACACGUCAGCUACGAUCCUUUAAAAACAUGUUCUUAUCACAGCAGUUAUACAUAGUAUUGUAUCACAGAAAACAUAUAAGAGUAAACCAAAAAGUGUCUCGGAAAACAUUCGCUUUUGCUUCAAAAAUUCUAUUAAUCAUUUAAAACUAGGCCUAUAAAUCAAUGAUUGAUUUAUCUGCCAUGAUUUAUGAAUCAGCUGAUGUAUCAAUGCUUUAUUACAGUAGCUGUCUCAGAGCACUGCUGCAGUGCAUAGCUAAAUGCAGGAGUUUACAGUCAUCUGGCAACCCCAAUAAACCUGAAGGUUGUUAGAUAUGAAAUCUGGAAAACGUUCAAAAGAAAAUAAUAAUAAUAAAGAGCUGGUGGAUUUUGCCCUUGCUGUACUAGCUGAGAGAGAUAUCACUAUCAGCAGGUGAAGGCACGUGCAGAGAGAGUCACAGUACAUCACACCAGGGCGGGUCGACAGGGUCAAAGGUGCCUUUUAUAUUGCACAGACUCCUCCCGAGGAAUGUAAAUGUUUCUACAGUUUUGUCCAUUUUCUUACACGUGCAUGUGACCAAACAUGGGUGUAAAUACUUGACUGUAAAUAAUGUAAUAAAGUUUUAUUUAAUGACCGAGCAAGCAUUUUUUUUCCUGCAAAAUAAUAAAAAUGUUUUAAAAAUGA